AUGACCCGCCCAGUAGACUGGGGGGCCGAAGAGCGCAAGCUCCAGCCCGUCUUCGAUGACAUCCACGAAGGACGGAUGAAGACGGCCCAGGCGGCGGUUGACAGAUGGCUCAAGAAGCACCCCAAGUCGCAGGUUGCAUUGGUCGCCCGCAUGAUGCUCGCGGACGCGACGAGGCAGGGCCGCGCAGCCGUCCUCAAAGCCUACGAGGACGUGCAGACCACUGCUCCCCUCUCGCCACGCUCCAUCUGGCGCGUCUCCACCGUCCUCCGGAGCAUCCGGUGUCCCGAGAUGGUCCUCGAUCUAUUUCAGGCGCUCGCUGAGGAACGCCCAGGCGUCCCAGACCUUGCGGACCAGGUCUUCUUCGAGGCAGCAGCAAUGGGCAAGACGGACCUCAUGGCGAGCACGUCGCGCAAGACGUUCAACCUCCAGAAGAUCCCGGCACGUGCCCGCCUCGCAGCGUAUUCGGCAUGGGCGGACGCAACCCCCAGCCCGACCGAUGCUGAGCCCUUCCCCCGUGCGCCGGAGAAGGCGCUCCUUCCCGCGCAGCUCCUCAUUCGCACUACCGGCGCGGAGGUGCCGACCGCUGAGACGUUGUGGCUGCGCCUACAGGUUGCGCUUGGUGCGGGCGAUGGCGCUGAGGCGUGGCGCCUGGUCAAGGAGGAGGGCCGGAAGGGCGCGCUCAGCCGCCGUUGGUUCGGGAUGGCGGCUGCACGCGAGCUCGCGAUACGUAACGACAGCCCCACUGCUGAGGAGGUGUGGGCGGACGAGUUUGCGGCCAUGGAAGAGCUCCUCGCUACCGACGGCGAGGCUCAGCACAACUACGCGUUCUACCGCUACCUCAUGGAGGCUGCGAAGGACGACGAGCGUCUCCAGAAGGCGGCCGCUCUGUUCCGUGACCUCGUCGUCAAGAUCGGGGAGAAGGAGCGAGCUCCGAUUCUCGCUGUCCUCGAGCUUGACUUGAAAGCGCCUAUGCCCGAGGCCGAGUGGGAGGCGACCGUGCGCGACUACCUCGCCCGCUGGGGUGGCAAGUGGACCGCCCAAUCAGACCUCACCGGCGUUGUGGGAACGCACGCAGCAGUGCUGAAGGGUAUCAUGAAGGAGGCGGCGUCACAGCCCCACAGCGACGAACGGAGCUUCGUCGCUCGCGCCGUUGCCGAGCUGUAUCUCCUCUCCGUCGAUCCGCCCACGCCGAGCAUGGACGAGGUGCGCAGCCUCUGGGACCUGUACUCGGCUGGCCUGGCGUAUGGCAAGAACCUCACGACCACGGACCCGCAACCCGCCGACCCUGUCGGCAUGGCUGCUGUGUCGAUGCUCGGCCGCCUUUGGCAAGCGAACCCUUCUGACCAGGCACCACUGAUACACGCCGCCGAGUGUCUCGAGGCCAUGGUGGCCGCCUCGCACUCGUGCUAUCACGCCCGCUUCACCCUGUGCCGUGUAUACCGCCUCCUCGGCGCGCCGGCGCUGUACGCCCCGCACCUUAAGCAGCUGAGCCUCUCCGAGGUCCAGCUCGACAACCUCCUGCACGUUGUCUCGGAGCGCGGUUCGCUCGAGGCGCACGCGGCAGGCAUCACAUUGUGGGAGGAACUCGAGGGCCGAGCGACGGAGAUGUACGGGCGCAGCGUGACUGACCUGCCCAACUACAUCAAGCAAGCGCUGCAGCACGAGACGUACUCGAAGGUACACGGGAUGCGGGCGCUGAUCCGCGCGCUGGAGCGCAGCAUCGCCCAGCGCGUCCUCGAGAUCGAAGAGCUGUCGCUUGCGCUUGCAUCCGGCGGCCCGAUCCUCGACUCGACCGUCGAGAGCCUCUCCGCCGCCAUGCGCGAUGAGGCUCCGUUCGUCGAUAACCGUAACUUUGAGCUCAUGGCCGAGGGCUUCGUUGAAGGGUCAGCACCCCAGCCUACGAUGGAUGAGGCGACCGUGCGUGCGCUCGCGGCCGCGCUGCUUGGCGUGACGGCGUAUCUUUCCGGUAGUGACGACGCGCCUACAUUACCCGACCGCUCGGGAUUGUCGGCGACAGACAAGGCGUUUGUGGACGGCGUCGAGGCCCUCCUCGCUGCGGCGAAGGUGGCCACACCCGCGUCCCCCCCAUCGCCCACACCCGCCCCGGUACCAGCAGUGACGGGGAUGUACGAUGCGCCCAUCGCGGCUAUUCUAGCUGCACCAACCACCUGGGCGCGAGUGGACGCAUAUGCCUCCCUCGCCCGCCUGGUUGGCGCCGCACGCGCAGUCGAGAAGCGCGUCACGGAGCUCGCGGGUCCCGCGAAAAAGGGCAAGAAGCGGCCCGUGGGCCUGGUGCAGCUUGGUGUAGGGUUACGCACUGCUCGUGAGGCGGUGCCCAAGCGCCUAGCAGAGGUCAACGCCCUCAUGGACAGGGACGUGUCUUGGCCCACGGGCGGACUGGUGGAUGCGGAGAUCUCCCACGAGCUUGGCAACAAGGUCCGUGAGGCUCGGGCCGGCGUGCGCGCAGGCCUGUCGCGCUUCAUCAAGUAG